AUGGAGUUCGCGGCUUCCUUUUGCAUCGCGUCCACUUUUGAUCUGAUGUUAGUAUCUCAUGCGCGAGCUUCGCAAAUCACUCAUUUUUAUGCUUACAAACCCUCAAGGGCUCACAAUCAUGUCGUCAAAGAAACUUCUCAACGAUAUAAUAAGGGAAAUGUUGCUGUAAGACCGCAGGACUCUACAGAGCUUCGCAACUUCUUGCCUCCUAGCCACGACGAACUUCGUGAUGCUAUGUGUGUUGUGUUCACCGGACAGACACAUCGCCCUUCUCCUGAGACAGUUAAACAGAUGCAGCCUAUACUCGUUACAAAGAGUAGGGUGCAUUUGUUGAUUGAGUUCUUAAUCGCUAAUAAUCCCUGGUAUCAGAAGAGCGGUGUCGCUUAUAGUCAGAACAACAUGGACGCUCUUUUCGAAGACACCGAUGCAAACCUAGAUUGUAGCAUGCCUGCUGCAUUGGAGAUUUGUCAUUUACCACGAGAAGGUAAAGUCAAUGCUAAUGUCACACACGAGGGUCCUCAAGCGCGAGAUUCAGAUUUGUCAGAUGACACUCCUGUUGGGGACAUAGUUAUGGAGGCAGUGGAAAAAAUGAAACUUCAAGCAUUGGCAUACGUAUUGGACCGCAAGCAGUUUCUUUUGUCUCAUACGGGUGAAAAAUUUGUUGCAGACAAUGACCCUGGUACUCACCAUCUGAAUUGUUGUACCUUCACUGGGCUAUUGUCUUAUUUGUUCCCCCAUCUCGACCCAUGGGACAUUGGGGGAUUUUAUCAUUGUGGGCGUACACCAAAGCAAUAUCUGUCGAUGGAAGCUCAGGUUCGAAAUUUGUUGCAUGCGAACUUCGCGUUCAUUUUAAGCAUGAAUACUAAUUUUCGGGUAUGUGCAUCUCAGCAACAAAGUUUAGCGAACGAACUGAAAGCUUUAGGUCCAUCACUCACUUCUCUAGCUGAGAAGUGGACACGCUCAGUUAAUGAGAAGCCUUCUACUAUGCAGGAAAAAAAGGCUGCAUGUCUUUUACAUCGUCUGCAAUCGUCUACGAAAGCUUUGAGAGGUAGUGUGGGCUAUAAAUUAUGUCAUUGA